UUUGUCUAAAUACUAUUAAAACAUUUGACUAUCAAGAUUGUUGUUCUUAGCAACAGAGGCAGCAUUCCCUCACCCGUCUAAGAAUGUUUUUGUGACACAAUUUUUACUGAUUGUAUAAUGAAUGAGAAAAACAUUCAGUUAAUGCUCGAGUUUCAGAGAGAAAUGCAGACUACAACAUCGCCAAAGCUUUGUACAGGGUGCCAGCAUGGAAAAAGACAUUAACACAGUGCAUGUGCGGAUGUGUGUGUGUGUGUGUGUAUGUGUGUGUGUGUAUGUGUGUGUGUGCAUGUAGGUGUGCGCCUGUGCGCAUGUGUGUGUUUGAGAAGGGCUGCACUGAAGUACUCAGCUGGGAGCAUCCAGUCAGUGACCCCUGUCUUUCCAACUGUGUGGAGAGAACUCUUCAGUGUGCGUGCAUGAGUGUGUGUGUGUGUGUGUGUGUGUGUGUGUACGUGUGUGUUUGCAGGACAGAAAGAGAGAGACAAAGAGAGAGUGAGAUAGAAGUACAGCACAAAGAACAGAGGAGCAUUGUGCGCUGCUGAGCCUCCUCAGGGCCACUCCGAGCACGUCGUUCACACGCUGGGGCUCACGUAGCACGGCCUGAGGAGAAGUCCUGAUCCGCACUGGCCUUUGCACUUUGCACCAACAACGACUCACACAGGGCAAAGUGGCCGCCUCGCUGUAUCUGUCUGGCCAGGCCAGGUUCAACACACACACACACCCUGAGCAGCACACUCACUGUACAUGUGUUGUUUCUCAUUUAGCAUUCAGUACUGGUGAACUAACCUCAGCAGAGGCAUCUCGACGAGCAUUUCUUCAGCACGGUCUCAGCGUGGUGGUGUUUUCCACAAUCAAGUUUUACGGUAUGCCAGCAGGACACCAUGUCCACAGGGACUCUCCGGAGAAAGAGGUCUCCCUCGAGUCUAACAAAAUGAAUAUGUAUGCUGUGCCCAACCCGGGAAUGCCAGGCUGUCCACCAGGAUUAGAAUACCUGACCCAGGUCGAUCAGCUACUCAUCAAACAGAAAGUUGAACUUGUCGAAGCCCUUGUUGGUUUCGAAAGCAACAACAAGUAUGAAGUCCGUAACGUAAUGGGCCAGAAUGUGUUCUACGCUGUUGAAGAAAACGACUGCCUGAGUCGACAGUGUUGCGGCCCAUUACGGCCCUUCAACAUCCACGUCCUGGACAAUUUUGGACAAGAGGUCAUCUCUGUAACCAGGCCGCUUAAGUGCAUGUCUUGCUUCUUCCCUUGUUGUCUACAAGAGCUUGAAGUGCAGGCUCCCCCUGGUAACACAGUAGGGUAUGUUAUACAACAGUGGCACCCGUUCUCCCCUAAAUUCAUCGUUGCAAACGAACACAGUGAGCCUGUACUGAAGAUCCAUGGGCCCUUCUGUGGAUGGAGCUGCCUUCCAGAUGUUGACUUUGAGAUUUUGACAAUGGAUGAAGUCAGUAAGAUUGGGAAAAUCAGUAAGCAGUGGACUGGACUUCUUCGAGAAGCAUUUACAGAUUCAGACAACUUCGGUAUCCAGUUCCCCAUGGAUCUGGAUGUGAAAAUGAAGGCCGUCAUGAUCGGUGCAUGUUUUCUCAUUGAUUUCAUGUUCUUUGAGAGUACUAACUAGGAGCCAAACAGGAUAUCCAUGAAAGCAUACAACAUUCCUGGAAGAACAAGGCCAUUAAGCCAUAAUGAUCAUUCCCAAAUGCCCUAACAUAGGACAACCUUCAAACAGAUAGUUUAAAGAAUGUACCACAAGGUACCUAAAUGUUAUAACUUUGCAUGAACAAUGAAAUAGAAGGUUUGUUUUAGUCUUUAGCUGCUCAGGUUGGUUGUUCAAACACGUUAUCAGGCUGUGAGUGCACAGUGCAGUGUUUUUUUAGGCAAUGUUUUCAGGAGGUAUUAAUUUCAGUUUACAUUAUGGUUACUGAGCCCAUCUGGGCCCACAACCUAUAAUUACUACUUUAAAAAAAUGAAUAGAAGGAUAGUAUUAAUAUACAUGUAAUGAAAAGGGAACACCAUUACAGGCAAGUGCUGUUAUACAGUUUGUGAAAGACAGAUUGGUGUUAUUAUGGUUAGUAUGCAAAGUGGGUCAGCCAAAUGGCAGAAUUUGGUCAUAUUAGUAGUUGAGAUGUUAAUUUAUAUAGAACACUAUGCUUGUAGCUAUAUUGUGUGAGAACUGAAGGACUCAUGUAAUGUAGUAGUAUGUAGUUCAAAUAUUUAACGUUCUUAUUUAUUGAUUUAUAUUUUGGUCUGUUUUGUUAACAAAGAGCAAUGCGUGUGUGUGCACUGCUUUGUGUGUGACCUUGUGUGUCUGUGUGCUAUGAGAGUUCUUGUGUGUGAGUUAAAACAAACUAUCAAAGGAUUUAAUAAUAUUUUCAGAUGCCAUAAUAAUUAUGCAUUGUCGACCCUGAGGUGGUCUUUGGGAACAGAUGGGUUAUGGCUUGAUGUCAUGUCCCAAUCUUGUCCACAAGAGGGAGCUAGCUUUUCAUUUAAGAAUAACCCCACACAGAUACACUGCCUGCUUAUGCCAUAGGUUUUUAUUCAGAUAUUAGUGUCUGGUGACAUUGUAUAUUUUUGGACAAACUCAGGUUGAAAUGCAUGCUACUGUAUUAUAGUGUUGGAUGUUGUUGGCUCCUGGAAUUACACACCUGCACCUGAUACUAUGAAUAUUAAGAUUAGGGUUUUGUCAUUCAAUCAUCUAAAUGUACAUUUUCUGGUGUAUCAACUUGAAUUUUUACAUUACACAUGGUGACACAGCUCUCCAUGUGUCAAAAAUGCUAAAUAAAAUCUUAAUUUCCAUUAAAUGAUUUAACUGAUAGAAUUCAAAUUCAAAUAGGAGAGUGGCCAUGAGUCAGAUUAGGGAUCGUACAAAGUAUUGUAGCAAAGACAUUAUGUAUGUGCUCUUUUUGAUAUUUGACAUUAUGAUAUAAUAUGAUUCAUCCAUAUAAAGUCAUCUGUGGUUCUGGAGGACUGGAAAGAAACAUACAGCUUAGGUCAUUUAUUAACAUAUAGCGGCAUAGCUACAGUUUCAAGCAGUAUUUUAUGCUUUUAAUAUAUUCACUUGUUUGUAGAGUUACCAAGUGGAUUUAUCUUAAACCUGAUGAGAAGCAACUUGAUAAGAGAAUAAAUUCAUGAUUAAGCCUUAUCGUGGAUGUUUUUUGCAGUCUAUUCUCUUUUCGUGGCUUAAGUUGUUGAGAAACUACUCAAUUUAAGUAAACAUGGAUAAGAUUCUUGCCAUUAAGAUUAGCCUGAUCAUUUGACAUGUCUUGUUCGGUUGCAUUUAUUGUAUAAGAUGCUGGUGCUACAUCUCUGAAGGCUAUUUGAUUGUGUUUAACAGCCAAAAAUUAAAGUCAGAAUGUGAUACAAAGGGAAUUUUGCUAUUCCCAGUCAGUUAUAUAUUAAAAGAAAAAGUACUUAUUCUUCUACUUUUGCACUACUACUGUGAACUAAUAAACCAUUUAGUCAUGCCAUGAAUGCAAAUAAACUCUUUGAGCUAAGCUUAAAUUGUGCAAAUAGUCCAUGGAAACACUUCAAUAAAAAAUAAUAUUGUGAUGUGUGCUAUUCUUUUGAUUUUUGUUUCUUCAAUCACCAAAUGCAUUUGGCAUAAAAACCACUGAUCCUCAAAAAAGAUUUUUAUAACAGCACUCGUUACCAGGCUCUACAGUCAAUUUAAUACAGUUUAUAUGAGUGUUACCACAUAAAUGGUCAUGUAUAACAGUAGCCAUGAUGUUAAUCAGUAGGGGUCUACCUACAGUACUGUAAUUGCCACCUUCACCUUUUUUAAAGCAUUUUUUUUUUUUCUUGGAACGUUCCCUGUGAAAUGUAAAUGUAAUUUCCCACCCUUUUUUGCUUAAAAAAAUUUGGCUUGUAGAGUAAUUGAUUGGGCCGAUUACAUCAAACAUAGAUGUCCUUGAAGGAUAACAUGAAAAGGGAAAUGAGAACAUUUCAUUUUCUGCCUUUUCAAGUAAGCCAUUAACCUGAAGCUGUUAACCUUGGAUGAACCUAAAGAACUCUCAUUAAAACUGCCUUUUUAAGCUUUUUUUAAUCGCACAUCAAUGAAAAGAGCUACUUUGGGGCUGAGUAACUUUGCCUUUUCUUUGGAACAGCUCAUACAUGUACGGUGUUUUUUCACAAACUGGUAAAAAAAAUAACGAUAUACGAUUGGAAAUAUUCCAACAUUUGAAGGUAACACUUUAUUUGGAUAUUCCGCCUACAAACAAGUAUUUGCACGAUUUCAAUUGUUUCACUUUGUAGAGCUUAACAGAUUAACUAAAGAGUAUAUGUGACAAUUCAUUAACAUACCCUGAUAUGAGAAUGCAAUAUCAGAAAAAAACAUUUGUGAAGCAGUAUUACCCAUUUUAAAUUUCACAUGAAUAUACUGUCAUUUUUCUGUGAGUCAUGGCAAAUACCACCACAUAAUAAUGAUAGAUUUUACACAUUGCUUGGCAUGGUUUUCUGGAAUAUACGACACAGCAGUGCUGUAGUUAUUGAAGUUGGUUGGAGCAAUGCUAACUGUGGAUGCAUGCACAUGAAGGCUCAGAGGGGACAUGGAUAGGGAUGAUUUUUUUUAAUCCAUUUUCUUGUGAUCAUGAAAAGAGUUUUAGUCAUGUAUGGUCUUGGGGACAACAAUGACGGUCUGUCUUUUGCUUACCAGCAUCACUUAACAGGUCGAAAUUCUAAUUUGUUCACUACUAUCAUUUAUGACCAAUUACCUGCUAAACUAAUGGCAGUCCCAUUGGCCUAAACUGCUGGGCCAAGUGUAGCUUUACCGACCCAAAAGCCUGGCCAAAGACUUUUGGGUCUGUGUGAUAUGUGAUCACAGUAAAAUAAAGAGAAGUGCACAUCUGGAUCAUGGUCUGUGUGCCUUAUAUACAUCAUGACAGACUCGAUUUUUAUUCCAGUAACUGCAGAAAUUCGUGGGAAUCUCUUGUUAAAAUUCUUGGAUCUAUACUCAUUAAUCUCUGCCCCCAAGGUUUAGAGUUAGCUAACAGCCAAAAAGAAAUUUGUUGUGCUGCCUUACUGGCAACUGUAACACGUGGCUAUCUUUUAGCCACAUUUUCUCUGGUCUGCUCUGCAGAGACUUCCUUAGAAAUCACACUCACUGGGGGCAUUUCGCAAGAAAACAUUUGCAGGAAUUGUGCUGCGAUAUUACACUACACAGGAACUCUCUACAUUUGGUAUGGAUUAAAUGGUCAGACCACACAUAAAUGAUGUCGCUGAUGUCAGUAGUGUGCAGCAGUGAUUU